UGGGAGGCCGCCUCCUGCCUUGUUGGACUCAGCUGUGUCUUCAGGAAAAACCACUGUCACUCUUACUCUGGGCUCUGGGGCAGCCUAUGAAGUUGACCUGAAGAAGAUGGUCCAGAUUAACCCUGUCACAAAGUAUAAGCGAAAGAUUCGCUCUCAGAUAGUGAAACCAGAAAGUUUGGAUGACACCAGUGACUCGACUGCUCAAAAUGGGACGUCAGUUCAAGUUAAAGAGGAAGAGGAGGAGACGGAAGAGCAGCCUGCACCUAAAAGGAGGAGAGGGCAAAGCAAGAGUCAGACAAAAGCUGAGGAAAUGCCACUGGAAGAAAUGAAAAGUGAAGAGGUUGUGAGGACAGUGGUCAUGAAGGGCAAAGCUCCGGUGGACUCUGAAUGCAAAGCCAAACUUGGAAAGGCUCAUGUUUACAGUGAAGGAAACGACAUUUAUGAUGUGAUGUUAAACCAGACAAACCUUCAGUUUAACAACAAUAAAUACUACCUGAUCCAACUACUGGAAGACGACAGCUCCAAGGUCUACACUGUGUGGAUGAGAUGGGGCAGAGUGGGCAAAGUGGGUCAGAACAGCCUUACAGCUUGUGGUGGAGAUCUGCUGAAAGCCAAAGAAAUCUUCAAGAAAAAGUUCUUUGACAAGACUAAGAAUGAGUGGGAACAACGGGCAAGUUUUGAGAAAGUGGCUGGAAAAUAUGACCUGGUGUUCAUGGAUUACAGCACCAAGGAAAAGGAGGAGAACCAGACCACAACAGAUACUACACCCAAGAAGAAGACCUCUAAGCUGGAUGUGAAGAUCCAGUCACUCCUGGAGCUCAUCUGUGACCUCAAAGCCAUGGAGGAGUGUGUGCUGGAGAUGAAGUUUGACACACGGAAAGCUCCUCUGGGCAAACUGACUUCAGAGCAGAUCCGUGCAGGCUACACUGCACUGAAGAAAAUCGAGUCGUGUUUGAAGAAGAAGGACAGUAACCGUGAGCUGCUGGAGGCCUGCAACCAGUUCUACACUCGUAUCCCACAUGACUUUGGGUUGAAGACUCCCCCAGUCAUCCGCACAGAGGAUGAGCUGAAGGAAAAAAUUACGCUGUUGGAGGCGUUGAGUGACAUCCGUAUUGUGGUGAAAAUGGUCCAGUCCGGUGAAGACAGUGACGAGCAUCCUCUGGACAGACAGUACCGCUCCCUCCAGUGUAAACUGCAGCCUCUGGACCCCAGCAGCAACGAGUUCAAGGUAAUAGAAAAGUAUCUGCAGUCCACUCACGCCCCCACCCAUCGUGACUAUACCAUGACCGUCCUUGAAAUCUUCUCAGUGGACAGAGAUGGGGAGAGCAGGAACUUCCUCUCACAUUUACACAACAGGACUCUGCUGUGGCAUGGUUCCCGUCUGUCUAACUGGGCUGGCAUCCUCAGUCGGGGGCUCAGAGUGGCCCCACCUGAAGCUCCCACCACUGGCUACAUGUUUGGUAAAGGCAUCUACUUUGCUGACAUGUCAUCAAAGAGUGCCAACUACUGCUUUUCCAGUCAGCACAAUACUGUUGGACUCUUAUUAUUGUGUGAGGUCGCUCUGGGAGACUGCAAUGAACUGCUGGAUGCCGACUACGAGGCCAACAAUCUGCCUGCUGGAAAACACAGUACCAAGGGCCUGGGACAGACCGCACCUGACCCCAAAAACUCUGUGACUCUGGAUGGUGUCAUUGUGCCGAUGGGGCCUGGGGUGAAGACAGGGUUGGGUAAAAACACCGGCUACUCUCUUCUCUACAAUGAGUUUAUUGUUUAUAACCCUGCCCAGACUCGUAUGAGAUACCUGCUGCAGAUCCAGUUUGACUACACUUCACUGUGCAGGUAGAGGAAGAUGAGGACUACAUCCAGGUAGAUCAGGAGAGCAGCGUUGAUGUAUUCCUCAGGAUCCACACGGUUACUC